AUGGUUGGUGAGGAGAGCAGCCUGACAAUUACUCGGCAGAAAAGAAAAUCUGAAAUCGACAGUAAAGGCUCAAAAGAAAAGAAGGUUACAGUCAGCAAAGACAAGCAGAAGCAGACUGUGAAGGAGUCGAUGGCGGAGUAUGACUCCAGUGUGGAAGGCCGUUUUGAUGCAGACAGUGAGAGUGAUGUCUCACUGAACAAAAUAACACCAGGAGAGCUGAACGAACAGAUUUAUGGGGUUGAGAAAAUCAAACUGUUUCUACAGAAAACAAAGAACUUUCAGAUUAACAGCGUGUGUUUUCUCUCCUCAGUGACCGGACAGUGCUGCAAGCAGAAAGGUUUGGUCUUCGGCAGAGAGCUGACCGUCAUCGACACGCCCGGCCUCUUUGACACCUCAGAGUCUGACCACACAGUGAAGAGAGAGAUCGCCAAAUGCAUCAACAUGUCGGCCCCCUUCACAGCAGAGGAAAGAGAUGCUGUCAGGAAGGUGGAGGAGGUCUUUGGGAAGGAUGCAUGGAAGAACACCAUCAUCCUCUUCACGUACGGAGACCGAGUUGAGUCAGACUUUGAGCGACAGCUGGAGGAGGCCGGACCGGAGCUGCUGGAGAUCCUGAGGAAGGCAGGAAACCGAUAUCAUGUCUUCAACAACCUCAAAGCCAACCAUCGUAGACAGGUCCUGGAUCUGCUGGAGAAGGUGGAGCAGAUGGUGGCUGCCAACGGAGGAGGGUUUUACUCCAACUACACCUACCAGCAGGUGGUGGAGAUGCUGGAUCAGAGAGAGGCAGAGCUCAGAGAGUUCUACCAGAAGAAACUGGAGGAGGAAAUAAAAGCUGUUGAGUCAGAGUAUGAGAAGAAGUUGAGUGAAGCUCAGCAAGAGCGUCACAAGGUGGAGGAACGACUGCAGUCUGAGCUGCAGGAGGUGAAGCGCUACUAUCAUGCUUUGGAGAGUGGAGUCCGUCAGGUUGUGGAGCAGAUAGUGUCAACCGACUCCAAAGAAGACAUUCUGAAGUUUCAUGAGACUCUGAAACUGAGCUUACUUUCCUAAAAGCUGCUGAUCCUUUCACUGCGUCCAUCUUUACAACAUUUGUGUCUGCUGUUGGUCCAAACGCAGAGACUUAAAUGUCCAGCAAACUCACAGCAACAGUUAUAUAUAUAUAUAUAUAUAUGAGACUCCUUCAGACUUAAAUUUGGGACUAACAAUUUCAUAUCCCUAAAAUCUGGGGUUAAAAGUUUGAAUUCAGUUUUUGCUUUCUGAGUUGCAGCUUUGAGGAGAAUCUUUCAUAUACUGAUUUAUACUUAUUUAAAUGUAAUAUUCUAUAAUGUAUAAAUCUUAAAUCUUUAACAACUCAUCCUCAGAUUUAGUUUGAAAUUAGAGCUUUAACCUGUAAUAAUGUCUGACUGAUAUUUUCCUUUUGUAUCAACAUUAUUUACAUUUACAUCUAUAUGAAAUUUGAAUCAAUAAUAUUAAAUUGGUAUUUUUGCUUAUUAGUAUUAUCUAGACUUGCUCUAUAUGAAAAGUGCAGUGAGAACUUCUGUUUUGAUAUAAAUAAAAUUUAAUUGAAGGUU